AUGAGCCGUACACAACCGGACCUCUACGGCCGCGCUGCGGACAAUGCCGCAUCGAACGAUCUGAACAAGAUCAUCCGUGCGGAUUACUCUGACCAGCACUACCGUGACCUGGGCAAAAAGGCGAACCAUAUGUGGCGCACGAGCCCAAUCGUGUCCAAGUUCUACCACGAGACGGGUGUCGUGUUCCGCUCGGGCGAACACUACGAGAACGCGAAGCAGUGGGUCGAAGAUGGCGUCCGGAACGCUGUCGCCCCGGUGACCGACAUGGAGAACUCGGUGGAUGCGAUCCAGCUCCCGCAGGCUUUUGGCAUCAAGAGCUCGGACGAGGCCGUGAGCGCCUUCCCUCCGUCCCUGCGUCCGCACCUCGGCGAGGCGUACACCAAUUUCGGCAGGCAGGUCGGAUACUACAACCCGCAGGGUGGCUGGGCUGAGUCGAAGAAUGCCACGUUCGCUACCCUGGAUGAGGCGCGCCGUUUGGGCGCCGAGGUGAUUACCAACGCGCAGGUCGCGUCGCUGCUUUACAAGGACCCGUCUUACGACCAAAAGAAGCCCCGCGUGUGCGGUGCGGUCACGGCCGACGGCCGCAAGUUUUACGCGGACCGUGUCGUGCUCGCGGUCGGCUGCUGGACGCGUUCGAUGCUCCAUACACUCAAGGUGCCGCUCGAGCGCGAGGUCGUUCGCCCGACCGCGCAUUGUGUGCUUACGAUGAAGCUCGACCCCGAGGUCGCCCAGAAGUUCAAGGGCACUCCGGUUACCUUUAACCUGUACACCGGCUUUUACACGUUCGAGCCCAACGCGGAUGGAAUUCUGAAGUGCGCGAUCCACGGUGUACGUCUCUUGUGUUUGCUCACCUUUCAGCGCGGAAGUGACUUCCCGAACCCAGCCGAUUACCAGGGCUCGGCGUUCCCCAGCGUGCCUACGCACAAGCAGGUGAACAAAAUGCUCAAGGAGAUCCGCACCCUAUUCCCCAUUCUCCAGUUCGAGGGUCCGAACAAGAAUGCGUCGGUCCAUUUCACACGUAUCUGCUGGUACAGCGACUCUAUUGACGAAAACUUCCUGAUUGACUUCCACCCGAAUGUGGACAAUCUGCUGGUGUGCUCGGGCGACUCGGGCCACGCCUUCAAGUUCCUUCCCGUCCUGGGCCGCCUUACUUCCGCGCGUCUGCUGCAUCUCGAGAGUGGCACGGAUGAGUUGGUGCCCGACUUUGGUCUUUCGAGCCACCAGCGACGGGUCUUCUCGUUUGCGCACCACUUGGACAUGAACGACCCCAAGAACCUUGGCAAGCUCUCGACCGAUUCGAUGCGUAUCGGUGAGCCUGAGGACGAGGAACCCGGCGAGAUUCUUGAAAUGGGCACUCCUAAGGCGAAGCUGUAG